UGUAUUUGUUUAGAAAUGUUACCGUCUAGCUGUCAUUUUUUAAGAGGUUACUUGCAGUUCUUGCAUAAGAGUUCAAUAAAAAGUCCAAAUUUUUCUUAUUAAUCACUAUUAAUCCGAUAUGAAUUUACCCAAAAGCUAAUAUAUAAAAGUAAGUGAUAGCUUUAAAAUCAUUAAAAUGGACCUGCUACACGACGAGGACAGGAGAAAAAGGCUCCAAGCCUUGGAGGACAGGAUUCUGGAUUCAAGGAGUAUUGCUAAUGUUGACUCUUUACUGGACACAGUUACAGCGCUUGUGGCUGAUUGUGACCAUGAUUCUGUUAAGCGGAUGAAGAGCAUCGAGGCUUAUACAAACAGAUAUGAAAUCAUAGCUUCUGAAAUAGUUAAUCUUCGAAUGAAACCAGAUGAUUUUAAUUUAAUAAAAGUUAUUGGUCGAGGAGCAUUUGGUGAAGUACAGUUAGUGCGACACAAAUCAACUGCACAAGUUUUUGCUAUGAAACGCCUAUCAAAAUUUGAAAUGAUUAAGAGACCAGACUCUGCAUUUUUUUGGGAAGAACGUCAUAUAAUGGCUCAUGCAAAAUCAGAAUGGAUUGUACAAUUACAUUUUGCUUUUCAAGAUCAAAAAUAUCUUUAUAUGGUCAUGGAUUAUAUGCCGGGGGGUGACUUGGUGAGUCUUAUGUCCGAUUAUGAAAUUCCAGAAAAAUGGGCAAUGUUCUAUACAAUGGAAGUGGUGCUAGCACUUGAUACAAUUCACUCCAUGGGAUUUGUACAUCGUGAUGUUAAACCUGAUAAUAUGCUUCUAGACAAAUAUGGUCAUUUAAAGUUAGCUGACUUUGGAACCUGUAUGAAAAUGGAUACAGAUGGUUUGGUACGUUCUAAUAAUGCUGUUGGAACGCCUGAUUACAUUUCUCCCGAAGUUUUGCAGUCCCAAGGUGGUGAAGGAGUUUACGGUCGUGAAUGCGAUUGGUGGUCUGUGGGAAUUUUUUUGUAUGAAAUGUUAUUUGGAGAAACACCUUUUUAUGCAGACAGUUUGGUUGGAACUUACAGUAAAAUUAUGGAUCACAGAAACUCAUUAACUUUUCCUCCAGAAGUGGAAAUAAGCCAAUAUGCCCGAUCUUUGAUACAAGGAUUUUUAACAGACAGAACACAGCGUUUAGGCAGAAAUGAAGUGGAAGAAAUUAAACGACAUCCAUUUUUCAUAAAUGAUCAAUGGACUUUUGACAAUUUAAGAGACUCUGCCCCACCUGUAGUGCCAGAGCUGAGUGGUGAUGAUGAUACAAGGAACUUUGAUGAUAUUGAACGUGAUGAAACACCUGAAGAGAAUUUUCCUAUACCAAAAACUUUUGCUGGUAAUCAUCUGCCAUUUGUUGGAUUCACAUAUAAUGGUGAUUACCAAUUAUUAACAAAUGGAGGUGUUAGAAAUAGUGAUAUGGUUGAUACAAAAUUAAACAACAUUUGUGUUUCAAGUAAGGACGAUGUGUUAAAUUUACAAAAUUUAUUAGAACAAGAGAAAGGUAACAGUGAAAAUUUGAAAACAAAACUCCAAUUAUUAAGUAAUAAAUUAGAUGAACUAGGUCAGAGAGAAUGUGAAUUAAGGAAUCAGGCUGGAGAUUAUGAGAAAGAAUUGACUAAAUUCAAAUUAUCGUGCAAAGAAUUACAACGUAAGGCAGAAUUUGAGAAUGAAUUACGGCGUAAAACUGAGUCCUUACUAGUUGAAACAAAGAAAAGACUAGACGAAGAGCAGAAUAAAAGAACUAGAGAAAUGAAUAAUAAUCAACAGCACAAUGACAAAAUAAAUAUGUUAGAAAAACAAAUUAAUGAUUUACAAGAAAAAUUGAAAGGUGAAUUAGAGCACAAUCAGAAAUUAAAGAAGCAAGCUGUUGAGCUUAGAGUUGCUCAGUCUGCUACUGAACAACUGAAUAAUGAAUUACAGGAAACUAUGCAGGGUUUACAAACACAAAGAGAUGCUUUACAACAAGAAGUAGCAUCUCUCCAAGGCAAACUUUCUCAAGAGAGGAGCUCUAGAUCACAGGCUUCUGAUAUGCAGAUAGAACUAGAAGCAAAAUUGCAGGCUCUCCAUAUUGAACUGGAGCAUGUCAGAAAUUGUGAAGACAAAGUUACCCAAGACAACAGACAACUAUUGGAAAGGAUAUCAACAUUGGAGAAAGAAUGUGCUUCUCUAGAAUUAGAAUUGAAAGCAACACAAAACAAAUAUGAGCAAGAGGUCAAAGCACAUCGCGAAACUGAAAAAUCAAGACUGGUCAGUAAAGAAGAAGCAAAUAUGGAGGAAGUUAAAGCACUCCAAAUAAAAUUAAAUGAAGAGAAAUCUGCUCGACAGAAAUCUGAUCAGAAUUCUCAAGAAAAGGAACGACAAAUUUCUAUGUUAUCUGUGGAUUAUCGUCAAAUCCAACAGCGUUUGCAAAAGCUAGAAGGAGAAUAUAGGCAAGAGAGUGAAAAAGUUAAAGCUCUCCACAGUCAGAUUGAGCAAGAGCAACUAAAAAAAUCACAAUUACAAAGCGAAUUGGGUGUUCAAAGGUCUCAGACUGCACAUUUAACAGCCAGGGAAGCUCAGCUAGUUGGAGAAGUUGCUCAUCUUAGAGAUGCUAAAAGAAAUGUUGAAGAAGAGUUACACAAGUUAAAAACUGCUCGAUCAGUGGAUAAUGCUCAGAUGAAAGAGCUUCAAGAACAAGUUGAAGCCGAGCAAGUUUUCUCUACUCUUUAUAAAACACAUUCUAAUGAACUUAAGGAAGAACUUGAGGAAAAAUCUCGUCAUAUUCAAGAAAUGGAAGAAGAAAGAGAAAGUUUGGUUCAUCAGCUACAAAUUGCAUUAGCUAGAGCUGAUUCCGAGGCAUUGGCGAGAUCAAUAGCUGAUGAAAGUAUAGCUGAUUUAGAAAAGGAAAAGACUAUGAAGGAAUUAGAACUAAAAGAAUUAUUAAACAAAAAUCGUACUGAACUUUCCCAGAAAGACAUUUCAAUAAGUGCAUUGCGUGAACGAGAAAAUGAACAGAAGAAACUUUUAGAACAAAUCUCAAAAGAAAAAGAAGAAAUUACAAGGCAACUCAAGAGUGCUCAGGAGGAACUUAGUAAGAUUACUAGUAACACAGUUGAUAUUGAACGGUUGACUAGCAAGCUGAAAACUGAAAGCUUGCUGAAGCAGCAAGCUGUCAAUAAAUUGGCUGAAAUUAUGAAUCGUAAAGAUAUUAAUACCACAGGUAAAGUUAAGAGCAAAGUAUCAUCGGCCGAUUUGCGUCGCAAAGAAAAGGAUUGCCGCAAACUCCAACAAGAAUUAACCCAAGAACGAGAAAAAUAUAGUCAAUUAGCUACCAAAUUCCAAAAAGAUUUACAAGAACUACAAGCACAGUUAGUCGAAGAGAAUCAGGCUAGAGUUAGAGUUCAAAUGGAAGUAGACGCCAAAGACUCUGAAAUAGAACAAUUGCAGCUGAAAAUUAAUACAUUGAGCAGUGAGACUGCUUCUUUAUCAUCAGCUGAUAACGAUAAUGAAGAUUUUAACGCACAAGAAAGUAUUUUGGAAGGAAGUUUGUCAGUUCCAAAUAAACAAAAUAUUAGAAGGCAUGGCUGGAAAAAGCAAUAUGUUGUUGUGUCUUCGAAGAAAAUUAUAUUUUACAAUUCAGAACACGACAAGCAGAAUUCUGAUCCAAUAAUGAUACUAGAUUUAAGCAAAGUCUUCCAUGUGCGUUCUGUAACUCAAGGAGAUGUAAUCCGUGCUGAUGCAAAAGAAAUUCCACGCAUCUUUCAACUUCUUUAUGCUGGUGAAGGUGAAGCUCGUAAACCAGAUGGCACAGGAGGCGGAGAUCAUCAGUCAGUGAUGGACGUUUCGAUACUGGACGAUCACCACCAUCAUAGUAGCAAACCGGGAACAGUGAACCUAAAAGGGCACGAGUUUUUACAAAUCAGUUUCCAUAUGCCGACAACUUGCGAAGUUUGUCCGAAACCACUGUGGCACAUGUUUAGGCCACCUCCAGCUCUUGAAUGCAAACGAUGUAGAAUAAAGAUACAUAAGGAACAUUUAGAAAAGAAGGAAGACACUGUAGCUCCUUGCAAAUUACAUUAUGAUCCAAAUCAUGCCAGAGAUUUAUUAAUAUUAGCUCCUACUCCGGAUGAUCAAAAGCGAUGGGUCGGGAGAUUAUCAAAGAAAAUUGAAAAAUGUGGUUAUAAAGCCAAUUCUACUAUAAUGGAUGGCUCUAAAAUUUCACCUAGAGAAUCGACACGAUCAUCGCUUAAACCAUACAUGAAUCUAGCUCAAAAAUCAGCAACUUUGCCUGCUAAUUCAUCACUGAAUAACAAAUGACAUAAGCUGAUCAUUAAAUGAUUUUGAUUGAAAAUCUAGAGUUAACAUCAUACUGAGAGAAUAUUAAGACUAAAUGAUUGUUUACAUAUUUGUACAUUUUGGUAUGUGGGAUCACUUUUUAAAAAUUUUCAAGAGGUAAGAUAUCUGAAUCUCUUUUUGGCGAAUAUUACUGAUAAAUAUUUGGCCCAUAAUGCAAAAUGCAUCAAUAUGUAAUAUUAAAUAUCUGCAGAUGAAAAGUGGCCUAUUAUGCUAAAAACAUUGGCAUAUUGCGAGGUAAAUACUUAACCUCAUAAUAUUUACAUUGUCUUCAAUAUUUCAUUUUAUAUUUAAAUAUAAAAUUACAUGAACUAUUUUGUAAAAUGUAGAUUUUAUGAAAAAUCUGUGAUGAAUUGAAUCAAAUUGCAACAUGAUGUAUUAGAAGAGAUGUAUUGUAUUGCACAUGCAUAUAUGAAA